AUGUGUAAAUGUACACACAUGUAUGUGUUUGAGUUUGAGAGCCAGCCAGUAGCCCCACUACCUGAACUGAGAGAUAAGGCUGGUCCACCGUUUACAGUGACUGGUCUGGAUUUUGCUGGCCCUAUGUUUUGUUCUGAUUUCCCUUGUAAGAAAUUUUACAUUUUACUGUUCACCUGGGCUGUUGUCAGAGCUACACAUUCAGAGCUCACUGACUCUAUGAGUGUUGAGGAUUGCAUGCUUGCCCUACAUAAAUUCAUUGCACGGAGAGGGCUGCCUUCAGUAAUGUACUCAGAUAAUGCCAAAACAUUUGUUGCUUACAGUGGGCAAAUGCAGAAGGUUUAUGGUCGCAUAUCUCCACACUGGAAGUUCAUAGUCCCCCGUUCUCCAUGGUGGGGAGGGUGGUGGGAACGUCUGAUUAGAUCUGUCAAGUCUGCCAUUAGGAAAACUCUAAGUGUUAAGUAUGUUUCCAGAAGUGAACUAGAGACUUUACCACAUGAAACAGAAGCAUGUGUAAACUCAAGACCUCUCACUUAUGUUGGGGAUGAACCUAAUAGUGCUACUCCCUUAUCCCCAUCACAUUUCCUCAUUGGCAGAAAUGCUAGUACUCACUCUGAGCUGGACCCUAACCUUUUUGUAUUUCCCCUCAAGAUCUGA